AUGUCUUCUAGUAGUCCUCCAGUGGAUUAUCAAAAGCCUGUAAAAGUCAAAUCUCGGUGGACACAAUCUUGUCAGAUAGACAUGUUGAUGGAAGAGUCACAGUCUUCAUUAGAUAUGUCUGAUACUGUUACAGAUGUUUCAUCAAGUGAUUCAAAUGAUAGUACAGAUUAUAGUUCUGAAUUUAACUCUUUGGAAUUAAGAAAAUCUCGUAGGACUAGUACUAAUAGAACAAACUAUAGACAAUCAAAUCGGAAAAAACAAAAAAUCACUUCCAAAAUUUUUAAUGAAAAAGAAUAUAAAGAGAAACAAUUGUCUACUACGUCUGAAAAUGAUCAGGAAGAAAAAUUUAAAUACAAUAUUUCACAAGAAUCUAAUAUUAAAAGAAAUACUUCAGUGGACUGGAACACUAUUUCAAUUUUUCAAUCAAAGAGUGUUAGUAAUAUAAGUGAAAAUAUUGAUAAAUUACCAACAAAGCCUAUUCGUCGAGCCUCUGUACCAUGGAAGUUAAAAUUCUCAUUUACAAAAGAUUUAUUAAAGGAUAAUAUUAGGUUACUAGAAAAAGAUAACUAUUAUAAUCUUUCUAAUGAUAUCAAAUAUUUAAAUUUAGAUAAGAUGCUAUUAAGUGAAGAUAAAAAAUUAACUCAAAAAGAGAAUACAACAAAUAAAAAUACUUCCCAACAAUCAUAUUGUAUAAAUGUCUGCAAUUUAAAUUGUAGAGAUUUUGAUGGUUUGAGCAAAAAAAUACUAAACAUUGAAGUAUCUGCAGAAAAUAAGCUUAAGCAAUCCCAUGAAUUAAAUAUGGAUGUAAACCACUUCAAUGAAAAAUAUCAAAACACUAAUUUGGAGGUACCUAAAACGUUUUUAUUUAAAUCGAAAAAUUUGAAAUGUAAUCCUAACUAUAAACUCAGAGAAAUUCGUUCCAAAAGUUGUGAUUCUAUAUUGAAAAAAACUUAUUAUUCAUUUAAACGUUGUAAAAGUUAUGAUAGUUUAAAUCAAUUAAAAGAUUCUGUGAUUGAUGGUUUUAAAUUACAAAAACCUGAAAAAAAAUCUCCAAAAAAAAAAAGACGACAGUCAAAAAGAAUUAAACCUAAAAAUAAUUAUAUAGAAAUACUUGAUGAUAUGAAAGUUCCAGAAGUUAAUUAUAAUCUAGUAGCUGAUGAAAUUUACAAAGAACACAAAAAUCAACUACUUGAAGCAAGAAUUAAUGAUAUAGAAUUUGAUGAAAAGUUAAAAGCUACCAAUUUUACAUUAGUUGAUGAAAAUAUAUACAGACCUAAUAGGCAGACUUUGAAAUCUUAUCCACCUUCUGAAAUUCCUGGGUUACGUAAGCUGAAACAACGAACAAUAUCGGCGGACAUAAACGAUUAUUGUGAGUGUACAUUAUCUAAAGAAGAUAUAAUUGAAGGAAAUACAGGUUGUGAUGAUAGAUGUCUCAAUCGACUUCUUAAAGUUGAAUGUGGUUUGGGUUGUUCUCUUAAAAGAUAUUGUACUAAUAAACAAUUUCAAAAUAAACAAUUCAAGAAAACUAACAUUAUUAAAACUGACAAUAAAGGUUAUGGAAUUUGUGCUGUUGAAGAUAUUCCCAAAGGUGUUUUAAUUAGUGAAUAUGUUGGUGAAGUUAUUGAUUUUAACGAAAUGUGUAAUCGUCUAACAAAAAAAGAAUAUAAAAAUCUAAAUUAUAUGGUUCAAUUAAAUCCGGAUGAAAUUAUCGAUUCCACUUCAAAAGGAAAUGUGACUAGGUUUAUUAACCAUAGCUGUGAUCCAAAUUCAGUUGGUGAAAAAUGGCAUGUAUUGGGUCAAUCUCGUAUUGGUUUCUUUAGCACUCGGCAUAUUGAAAAAGGCGAAGAAAUUACAUUUGACUAUAGUUUUCAAAUAUUUGGAGAUGGUGCUCAAAUUUGUUAUUGUGGUUCAUCAAAUUGUCGUGGUUACAUCAAUAAAUCAUCUCAAAUUGCUGACCAGAACAGUUCUGAGGAUAGCGAAAGUGCUAAUGAAAAUUUUUUUGUGUCAAAACCCGAGAAAAAAGAAAGAAAGAAAAGAAAUUUGGAAAAUAAGACUGCUUAUAAUGAUGAAAAUAAAUUGAGAGAGUUGGGCAGACAAUUAACAGAAAUUGCUAAAUUAAAAACUGGAUUAAAAGCUGAUCAAGAAAUGGCAACAUUGAAUUUGAAUAGACUUAUGGUACACAUUACAGACAGCGUCAGUCGAUUACAUGUUUUAACAUUUAUAAGAGAACAUGAUAUGAACAAAAGACUAUUUAUGGAUUUCAGUGGACUUAGUAUUAUUCAUAACUGGAUGACUUCAAAUGAAAAUGAAUCAUUUAAAUUAAUGAUCUUAGAAAUCUUAGCUGAAUUACCAAUAACAAAUAGAAAUACAAUUACUAAAUCUAAAGUACUAGAUGUUGUUGCUGAAUGGGCAAAAAUACCACAAGACGUCAAAAUUAAAAUCGAAAGUUUAGAGUACCCUGCUGCAGAAAUUGAAAAUCAUUGUCGAGAAAUUGAUAGCUUAUUGCCAAAUGAUAAUGAAAUAAAAAAUAGUCUGGUAGAAAAAUCUAGAGUUUUGUGGAAAAAGUGGAUUGUAUUGAAAAUGGUGUUUAAAAUUCCAAAAAAAAUUGAUCAACAUAAACCAACUACAGAUAUAAAUUCAUGUAAACUUAUAGACGAUUGUUAUCAACCUCCUAUGGACACUUUCGAUCGAAAAAUGUUUAGAUAUGCAAAUAAAUAUGUAAAUAAAGUACGGAAUCAACACGCUACAUCUUUAGAUCGUAUGAAAUUGAGAAAAGAAUAUCAAUUUAAAGUGGAUAAAGAACGCCAAAAAAUGUUCAGGAAAAAGCCGAUGGAUGAUUGGUAUGAAAGUGUUGACGGAGUAGUAAAAAAGAAACCGGAUAAAAAUUACUUACAGCAUCAUCAAACAAUAAAUUUCCUUACUUCAACAUUAAACAAUAAUAAUGGAAUUAGUGAAAAAAUAAGAUGGGAUUCUACUUCACAAGCAACACUUGUUGAUCAAAAUUCAAUAAUCAAUUAUGGUGGACAGAAUCCUUGUUUGAAGAAUUACAUGUCACCACAAGCAGUACAACAAGCAUUCAUUCAAUGUCCACAGUAUUCUUAUACACAGCCUCAAGUUUUCUCUGACUGUAAUGUAGUUAAUCAACCAACAUUGUAUUAUACUCCUUCACCACUGACAUCUAGUCAACCAUUGGAAACACAACUGCAAAAUAUGGCUACAUCAAACAAUAAACAUGUUAAUCAAAAUAUUGAAUCAAAUGUUCUAUCUCCAACAAAACAUCUGCUUAAAUUAGCUGAAACUAAUGUCUUUAAUUUGAUCAAUGACAGUUUACGCAAGCAUUAUAAUCCUGAAAAAAUGAAAGUUGUUGAUAAAGAAAUGGAACAUUCCAAGAAAUCUUGUACAAGAGUUGUACAAUCUGGUGCAGAUUUAUUAGCAAGAAUUAAAGUUAUUAGUAAUUCAUUUAAAAACCAGCCAUCAAAAUUAAUUACAAUUAAGAACUUGAAACAAAAAAAUUAUAAUACAAAACUUGAAAAGGUACCUUUGUCUGAUAUAAAGUUGAAAUCUAUUUGCGACGAAAAUAAAAAAAUUGUUUUCAUCAAUGAAGAAACUGGUGUGACUUCUAACACAUUAAGUGAAGAUCUGUUGCCGACUCCUAAAACUAUUCAAGUAUCUAAAAAUAAUAAAUUUGCAAUUGCCAUAUUUAAUUCUUUGUUAAAAAAUGUGUCAGAACCUGAAAAUGAAAACUCAGUACCAAAAAAAUUUGUUUCAAAAAAUCUCAACUCAAAUGUAAUCACAUAUCAUGAAACCGACAAAGAAAUUGAAUUGUAUAAGAAUAUGAAACCAAAAGUUUUAAAAAAAAUAGUUGGUCAUGUAAAAACUAAAAAUGGUUUUGUAGCUGUUAUGAAACGACAAUUGGGAAUUAAACUGAAAGGUUUAAAAAGAAACCGUGAUGAAAUACCAGCUACAAAACGUAAUAUAAUGCGUAAGGGUAGUAUACAUCGUUUAGCAUUGAAAAAUUGUCUUGUCAAUACAACAAAAUCAGCAUUAAAGAGACAAAGUAGUAUGAAUGUGAACGACUAUUUAAAAAGACCUAAAGAAAAAAGAGUUACAUUCUGGAUAGAAGGUGAGACAUCACCAAAUUUGCCACACUCAGAACCUUCAACUUCUGCUAUUCAAGGUGGUGAUAAUUCUCAAAUUCCUGGUAUCGACACAACUAAUGAUCAAAUCAUUACACCUAUUGUUGCGAAAUUCAAAGCAUCAAGAAAUAGGCGCAUUAGCUUACGAGACAAGUCAUCUGAAUUAGAGCAAUUACGUAGUCAAAGAAAUCAUAAGAUACCUAUCAGUAUGAUGUCUUUAUCAGUGGAUGUAUUAAAACUUAUUCCUGAUAACAGAAAAGAAAUGAAGAAAAUAAUUGACUAUUAUCAUUCAAUGGCUACUGUUAUAGUAAAGACUUUAGGAUCAUAUGCUAAAAAGACCUGUCAACAAGGACGUAUAAGAAGCGAUGAAGAUUUUAAAUAUCUUGCCAAAAAAAUUAAUGAAAAUGUGUUGUUAAAAGAGUUACAAUUAAAAAAAGUGGACAAAUUAAAAAUAAGUGACAGUACAAAAGAUAAAGUUGCCGAAUAUAUCAGAAAGUAUAUGUCACGGUUCGGAGAAAUCUAUAAAAGAAAACCCAGUGAACAAACUAAUCACCACAAACCGAAGUAG